CGGAGAGCAGAAACAUGCGAGCGGAUGCCGCUUUGGGUUGGCUCCGACGGCUGUCUUGGGCUGCUCAGCAGGGCAGCAUUUCCGGCAGGAGAAGGGCAGCCACGCGGCUUCUGCAGCCUCGGCCGCAGAGUUGCCGCGGUUAUUCACUCGGAUUCAUGGCUCGGGCUCAGUACGACACGGAGCAAAGGGGGCGCCUGCAUUCAACCGAUUUUCGCCUCUAUUUUAAGAACUCAAAGGGAAAAUACAUUUCCCCAUUCCAUGACAUCCCUCUGUUUGCUGACCCAAAUGAGGAUGAGACGGUUCCUGCAAAACGAUCAAAGAACAAUGGAAAUGAGAUUGCCACCAAGGAGCCACUGAAUCCUAUUAAGCAAGAUGUAAAGAAAGGCAAACUGCGAUACGUAACAAACAUUUUCCCCCAUAAAGGCUAUAUUUGGAACUAUGGGGCCCUCCCACAGACUUGGGAAGAUCCAAGGCAUACAGAUGGUAAUACAGGAUGCUGUGGUGACAAUGAUCCUAUUGAUGUUUGUGAAAUUGGUGCCCAGGUUCGGACACUUGGUGAAGUUGUUAAGGUGAAGGCCCUUGGAAUUAUCGGUCUUAUCGAUGAAGGAGAAACUGACUGGAAGGUCAUAGCUAUCAGUGUAGAUGACCCACAUGCUGAGAAAAUCCAUGAUAUUGAUGAUGUCAGGAAGUUUUUCCCAGGUUACCUUGAAGCUUCAGUUAACUGGUUCAAACUAUAUAAAGUCCCAGAUGGGAAGCCAGAAAAUAAGUUUGCUUUUAAUGGGACAUAUAAAGACAAGGCAUUUGCUUUGGAAAUCAUCAAGUCCACCCAUGAAUGCUGGAAAGCUUUGGUUCACAAAAAGUCUGAUGGAGGAGCCAUAAAAUGCACCAACCUUCUGGUGGGCACUAGCCCAUAUUGCUGCAAUGAAGAAGACAUCCAAGCUAUUGUGCAAUCUGCUCCACCCUUUGUGGAAGAGCCUUCUGUUUCCAAAGAAGUUGAUAAAUGGCAUUUUCUUGGACAGUGAACACUACUGUUUGAAAUCAUGUUACAAGAUUGUAUCUCAACUUUGUCUCUCUUCCCUGGGUCUCCAUCCCACCCUAUACCACUUUGCACUUGCGUGCACACACUUCACUGAAGAUAUACAACUGAAGCCACCGAUGACUGAAAUCCAAUGCACUGUAGAUUUUCUGUCCUGUAAAUAAAAUGGAUUUUUACAAUUUUACUCUAUCAUUAAUGGAUACAACUCAGCAAGUGAUAUGGACACUGUUUGUGGAGCACUGUUUUAGAUCUGGAAUAUGAAUUGCAGGGGAUUAAUAUGAAUAAAGCUUUGUUAAUAGUGGUUUAUGAAUAAAGCACAUUGGCUGGUUGUUGCAAAGGGUUAAUGGAGUACACUUCAGAGUACUUAUGAUCUGUAUGAGAGUUAAGCAACAUCUUAAAUCUUAAUCACUGGAAUAACAGCUUCUUGUGAACUAUUAGGACAGAGGUUGUUUUAUAAUUACUGUAGAAAUGCAAACACAGAACACUAAACAUUUCAUAAUUCUGUGUGAAGUUUUCUUUACAUUAAAGUUCAAAAAUACAUCCUUAUGUAAGAUUACAGGUUCAACUGAGGUCUGCGUAAGAUUAUACCAUGGUUUUUACUGUAAGAAAGGCCUUGCCACCAAGAAACUGUUCUUCUCAACUACAAGUGAGUGGUCCUAAAUUGAGAGAAUUAAAUACAUUUAACAUUAACUCAAUAAUUAAAUUUGGCAAUAAUUUAAUAUUCUAUACAGGGUAGUUAUUUAUAGAAUCAAACAUUAAACAGGAGAGGAAAAAUGGUUCAUUGUCUUGUCUUAUAAAGAUGAAUAACUAAGCUGAAGCAAAGAUAUGUACAAAGAAGAAUGUGAUGUUCCAACAGUAUGCUAAGACAUGACUUACUUAGGAGGUAACAAGGAACUCUGGGUUUCCUCAUUCCAUGACAAUUCUUCCAGCCAAAUAUGACUUAGACAGCCCAGGUCAAACUAAAGGUCUCUGGAAAUUAAUUAAGUUUCUGAUCAGAGAUUAACUAAUUCCAAGACAGAAAUGAGAUUCUCAAAGGACCUGCAAUUUUGCUUUUCAGUCCCUUGAAGAGGUCAGGAAUUUUAUCAAACUGGACCUGGGCG